AUAUUAUCAAUACACAUAACAUAAAUUUCUUUUGUGAUAAUUUAAUGUCUCACAGUCUGCAAGAUUUUUUUAAAAAAUAAUUCUUAAGAAUCUGUGUAUUUAAAUAAUGGUAUUUAUACUCGUUUAAUAUUUUUCUGUCUUUUUGUUUAAGCAGGUUUCUCUCAGGUUUGAUAAUGACCAGUCAGAGAGAUGCUUUCAGUUACCGGAGUGUUUCUCCGACAAUGUCACCGACACUUUCUCCACAUGCAUCUCCCCCAUCAUCACCAUACUUCUCCAAGACAGAGGACCCUGCGAGGCAGGAACUGAGAUUAUCGGCAAAUGCAAAACGACAGAAAUAUUUGAGGCGGUUGUUAAAAUUUAAACAGAUGGAUUUUGAAUAUGCAUUCUGGCAAAUGAUAUAUCUGUUUGUAGCGCCACAAAAAGUAUACAGAAAUUUUCAGUAUAGGAAAAACACAAAAGACCAGUGGGCAAGAGAUGACCCUGCUUUCCUAGUCUUGCUGAGUUUUUGGUUGAUAAUUCCAUCAAUUGGAUUUGCUGUGGUGCUAGGUCUACAUUUUCUAGGAUUUCUCAAGUUUAUACUCUGGGUGGUAUUUGUAGACUGUAUAGGCGUGGGACUACUAAUUGCCACAUUGUUCUGGUUUAUUACAAACAGAUAUAUGGUAAUAUCGCCGCCCAGAGGUCAAGAGAUCCCGAAAGGUCAGGACGUAGAGUGGGGUUACGCUUUUGACGUUCAUCUCAACGCCUUCUUCCCUCUUCUUAUGAUUCUUCAUCUUUUUCAGCUGGCUUUUCUACACUCUGUGAUAAACCAAGACUGGUUUGUUGGUCGAUUCUUUGGUAAUACACUGUGGUUGGUGGCAAUUUGUUACUAUAUAUACAUCACAUUUCUUGGUUACAGUGCGUUACCAUUUUUAAAGAACACUCGAGCCUUGCUAUUUCCUGUCACAGGUGUGAUAAUUGUUUAUGUACUCUCAUUGAUUUUAAACUGGAACUUCAGUUGGCAUAUGUGUACUUUCUACAGAUUCCGUGUGUUCUAGCAGUGUGUAAUGUUUAUGCACAAAUCCAGCAUAGACAGUUCGAGAUUGUGAAAAGUGUAUAUAAAGUGUACAGAACUUGCAUUGUAAAAUAAAAACUAAAAUAAUGGGAACCACAGAGUGUGUAAUAGAUGGUAUUUUAUACAGGUUAUGUAUCUAUAUUUAAAGUGUACAUGUAAUAGUAUUGAUGGAAUAUUUAGCUGGACCCAUGCUACGGAUAGCUUAAUUUUUUUAAAGACAAUUUUUAUCUCUAACUAGAGAUAGUUUCCUGAACAGAAAUUCAAGAUUUUCUUGUAUUUCUUUUUUUCAUGUAUAUAGAUUAAGUUACGUUAAGAAAACAGUUUGGUCUCUGGUAACAGAAUAAAGAAAAUAUUUUUCAGCAUGCUUUUUUUUAAAGAAAAAGUUGAGCCAUUAUGAUUGCUGCAACACCAUUGUUGUCAUGAUGCAUAACUUUAAUGUAGCCAAUUAUUCAAAUAUUUUAAAAGGCUUUAAUUUGAAACUUGAAAUUUUUGCUUAUCAUGAGUUGAUGAAGUUGCAAGAUAUAAAACUGUAUUCUAAAAUAAGUUUUAUAAUUUGGAGUUAUGCCCCUUUUUAAAAAAAAAAAUGUUUGAUCAAAAUUGUUUUUUGAUAGUCGUUCCCCUUAAUACACAAGAGUUAACAACUGUUACAAUGGUUCAUGCUAAAUCCAGUCUUUAAAGUACAUAUAUUUUACAAUAAAGAAAAAUGGCAGUAUUCCAGAGAUGAGUGUGAAAAUAAGAUAUACCUUCCCUACCUUUGAUUUAUUUUUGAAACAGAGUAUUUUUAAUGAAAACAUGACUUAGCUAGAUUAAAGAAGAUGAUAAACUUAAAAAGAUUUAAAAGAAAUUAUUUUUCUUCACUAAUUGAAAUGAUUUGUAUUUAGUUUAAGAUACUGUGAUAGUAUUCAAACUGUCUUAAAGCAGCAUGCCUCCAAAUUCAUGCAAAUUUUCAUGAAAAUUUUGAAAAUAUAUUUAAAAGUAAAGCAUUGUGAAGUGAACAAAGAAAGUGAUUUUCACAUUGAAAACAGCACUUACAAACCACGAAAAUUACCAAAAAAGGUAAAAAUAUGCAAAAAAUACCCCUUACUGCUUUAGUCAUGCAGUAGAAUUAUGGUUAUAAAUACUGCAAAAUCAGUUAUUAAUCACAAAAGACAUGUCAAUUAUCUCAUAAAUUUUAAAUCAUUUUACUUUCCUUAAAAUCUUAGAACAUUUUUCUCAAGUUUGAUUCUCUUUAAAUAUUUUGGCACGUCUGAAACAUGCAGCUUUAAAAGAAGGUCCUAGCUGAUGCUCCACUGCUUUUUUCCCAAGAUCAUGUAUAGGUGCAAAAAGAAGGACUGUCUUUUAUGAGAUUGAUUUACCUUAUUUUUGAAUGUAUAAGUAAAAUUGCAUUUAUUGUUUAACCUAGUAACUUUAACUGAACCUGUGACAAAAUUUCCAACAUGAAGAGAGAAAACUCUUUUUUUCUAGAAUAGUGCAAGAUGUGUUUUUAUUUAUUAUGGAAGCUGUAUGUUAGUGCUAUGCAUAAUUAUACAUAUUACUUUGUAAUAUUCUGUAAAUAUUAUAUUUGUAUAAAAGGGGGUCAAUCUAGCACGGGGAGGGGAUUUUAGACGGCUGAUCUGUUAAACUUCAUUUAAUAUCACCUAAGUUGAACUUCAUGGUCAUGUGUAAUAAAGCAUUGCUAAGGAUAGUGACUUAUUUUCAUGUACUUUAUUUUUCGAUAAGUCUCGCUUUUAAACAUGAUGUAUUUAAUAUAACUUUCUUUAAUGAUUUAUUUUUUUAAGUGUAUGUCAAUCCAACUCAUGAAAGUUUAUUUGUCAAUUCUUGUAAAGUAUUUAUAUAAUUACUUACAGAGGAAAUCUUAUUUACAUCAGUCCUUAGCCUGCAGGAACUGGAAAAGAUGUUAACAGUAUAGAGCCAGGCCAGCCUGCACAUCCAUGCAGUCUGACCAAGCUCUGUACUGUUGACUGACUUUUAGUUUUCAUCUUGAUAUGCCCAAGAUUAAUAAUGGACAGUUCCUAAAAUGUAAGCUGGACAAGUCCAUUUAAGAAAUUUAGUAUGUUAAGAUUGGGAUUGGUUAAGUUAUACUGUAUACAUUGACUUCUCAUUGUAUGAAGACAUUCACACAUAUAUCGUAGGUAAAUUUACAUUUCCCUGGGAUAGAUUUAUUUAUGCAUUUGACCUAUUUAUACAUUGUAUGUGUACUACCUUAUUUUGAGCUUACCAGAGCACAUCAUGCUCUAGAUUUGCUAUUGUGAUCACUCGCUGUCCCUUGUUUGUCUUAAAGGCCUAUUAUGCCUCAGAAAUGAAAUCAUUUUUAUUUGUCAAAAGAAGAAAAAAUGUAUCUUGUUUAAGUUUCUAAAAAAUACUCAUUUACCACAUAAAUGAUCUUUUACUUCUUUUGCUGUAUUAACAAUGGGUAUAAUUAUAGUGAAUUAGUAUUUUGUAUGGAAGUCAAACUACUACUUUGUUUACAUUUUGAUACCUUUACAACAUAUAUGUAUUACUGCACAUUCAGCGCAACUUUCGCCAGUUGAAAAACAUUGAAUAUGCUCUGAAUCCAUUAUUAAAACAUUAUUAAACACAUGUUUGACAUUUUUAAAGAAUAUAUAAAAAGGAUUUCUGAGGCAUAAUGUGCCUUUAAGUGUGCUAACAUUUGGAUUCUUAGGUGGCUACAGAAACAGAAGGCAACUGUACUUUCCUUUUUGAUGACAUUCAUUUCAUAAGUUCCUACGUGGCUAUGUUUUCUCAUCCACUCUUUGGCUAAAAAACAUAGAAGGAGAGCAAUUUGUACAGUAAUGGGUUAAGUCCUUCUAAAUUUAAUUAUUUCACAGAAAUUAUACUAGUGUGACCACCUACUAAAUAUAUUUUGAUUAUUUUGAUUCGAGAAAAAACAUGGCUACCUUAUAGGGUAGAUUUUUUCCCUAUAUAUAGAUAUGGCUAUAUGUAGAUAUGGGAAAACUAAAAAGAAAACUGAGUAUCCAAGAACAGUUAAUUAUAAAUCCAAGGAAAUAAACACAUUUUGAGCUUCCAGCAUGAAUAAUUCAGAAGAAAAAUAACACAAAAACAAAACAUUUUAUUUUGAUGAAAUUAAAAUUUUUAUUUGUACAUUAAUCAAUGUACUCCUGGAAAAUAUAACACCUUCUGAAGUAUUUUCUACAGAAUAUACAGUUUGUUAAAUCUGUUGGUCAGAUUUUGAUAUAAUUAAUUUUUGGUUGGUGUAAAUUUCCUAACAUAUUUACAUAUAAAGAGAAAACUUCAUAGUCUGGUGAGCAAUAUAGGGCUAUGAUGGCACUCUUGUAGUUUUUCCUAUGAUCAGUGUGUUGUUAUAUUGUAUUUUAUUUGCUUUGCACAGUUAUGUCUGUUUCACAGUAUAUAUUCCUGUAUGGCUUUGCAAAACAGUAUGGACCAUUGUUUUAUUUCUGUUGACCUUGUUUAUGAUCAAUGUAAGAAAACAAAAUCUAACUUGUGCUGUAUUUUGUAAAACAAAGUUUUGUUUUCUGUAUUUCGUAAAACAAAGUUUUGUUUUCUGUCAUUAUUUGUGUGUGAAAUCAACAUUAGAUCAGUUUCUGGACAAUAAUGUUAUAUUUUACACAUACACAGUACAGGAUUAGUGUUGUGUUGAAAAUUGUUAUAUUAUGUUCUUUUUAUGGUUAUAAUAUUAUCAAGGAUUGGAAUGACUUUAUGUACAUGUAUGUUAUAUAUUUAUGAUAGAAUUAUGUUGAAUCUGAAUUAAAAUAUGUCAUAUAACUGCUAA